GUAGCAAAGAGCGCAAAGGUUGAGGCAUGAAACAGAGGACAGAGGGCUCCAUAACUAUUUUUCAAACAAAGUAAUUGCAUUUUCCAUACAUAAUUAAACAACACCCAAUUGUCAAGAAAUAAAACCCAUAAAUAAAAAUAUCAAAAGAAAGUUCCUUACUAUCAUUUGCCGGAAAGACGUUUCGCAUACCCUUGUGCGAAUGCAGACGCCGGAGAGAGCAGGGGCGUCCACCCCACCUUCCGCCUCCGUCCCAUUUCGCUGGGAAGAGGAACCGGGGAAGCCCAAGCCAUGCACCGCGCUUUCCACGUUCUCGAUUCGGGAGGAUUCUGCCCAGAAAUGCCUUGAACUGCCUCCGAGGUUGCUGGUGGAAUCAAAACCGUAUUCCUCGCCUACCACCGUCUUGAAAGGUCCGUACAUCGGUCGUUCGUCCAGGUUUCAGUCUCUCAGAAUGGGCAAACACUCCUCGCCCGCCACCGAUCUCUUGGAAGGCCCGUUCAUUGGCCGGUCGUCGAGGUUUCAGUCUAAUUCGUUCAGAAUGGGAGGCGAUUGCUACGGUUCUUUUCGUUCCACCGGUAACUCCAGCCUGGAGGCGGUGGUUCCUUAUGGAGCGCUGGUUGUUAGCAAGAAAGGGCAGCGGAGAGACAGAGGGAUUCUUGGGUUCUGGAGGAAAAGAGCCUUGAAGGGUGAAAAAGGUGUUGUUAGGGGUAGUUACGUGUUUCCGUCUUCCGUGGAUAGAGAAAGUGAUUCCGACCGUGAAAGGGAAGACAUCCGCAGCAGCACCACCGUGAAGAUCACCAGGGUUAGAAGAAUUAGGAGUUCUCCUAACCUAUCCCAUGCCGCCAAGUCACAUUUCUGGGUGAGCUUUUUUUUCUUUUUGAACUGAAGCUAAAUACAUUUCUGGGUGAUCUUAUAUUUAAAUCAUUUUUUUUCCACGUAAUUUUUUUGAAAUAAAAGUAUUAAUUCUUG